UCUCUCUCUCAGUUUGUUCCUUCUUGUGUUUAAUGGCAUCAAGUGUUGGGUUGUGUUCGUAAUACCCAUUUCUUAAGAGACAUCAAAUGCUGUUUUUAUUUGUUUGAUAUUUUUCCUUUUGAGAUUUUGAAAUAUCCUUCAAUGGCGGAUACUUUUUACUGUACACAGAACAACGCCAAUACUUGUUUUGAUGAUCAAUUUGAUUGUAAUGCCACAAAUAAUAAGGUUGAGCAAUGCUCAAUUUUUCUGCCCCAUACUUUGCUGGGUUUUGCUUUACAGAGUGAAGAGAGGGUGAGAGGAAUGGUGGAAAAAGAGAUUCAGCAUUUGCCUAGCCAUGAUUAUCUUAAGAGACUGCGGAGUGGGGAUUUGGAUUUGAAGUUUAGGAGAGAAGCUCUUGAUUGGAUUUGGAAGGCUCAUGCCCAUUACAGUUUUGGACCUCUCACUCUUUGUCUAUCUUUAAACUACUUGGACCGUUUCCUCUCAGUGUAUCAAUUGCCUAUGGAUAAAAGCUGGACUGUGCAGUUGCUGUCAGUUGCUUGUGUGUCUCUAGCAGCAAAGAUGGAGGAGACAGAAGUACCACUGUCCAUAGAUUUACAGGUGGAGGAGCCUAAGUUUGUGUUCGAAGCAAAAACGAUACAAAGAAUGGAGCUUCUGGUUCUAAGCAGGUUGAAAUGGAAGAUGCAUGCCAUAACUCCAUUUUCUUUCAUUGAUUAUUUCGUGAGUAAGAUGAGUGUUGGAGAGCACGUAGCGAGGGUAUCCUUGUCAAAAUCUUCACAACUCAUUCUGAGCACAAUUAAAGGCAUUGACUUCUUGGAAUUCAGGCCUUCUGAAAUUGCUUUAGCUGUGGCAAUUUCCACUUCAGGAGAAUUGCAAGCAUCCGACGUCAAUAAAGCAAUCCUUUCUUUUCCAUAUAUGGAGAAAGAGAGGGUGAUGAAGUGCAUCGAUCUGAUAAGAGAUGUUUCGUUGAUUAGUAAUGUAAAUACAUUGGUUGCUGAUAAUGUUGCUGGUUCAGUUCCUCAAAGCCCUGUUGGGGUGUUGGAUGCAGCUUGUUUGAGCCAAAAACAGAAGAACUAUUAACUUCUGGGUCAUUAUUAGUUUUACUGCAAAUGAAAAGGGAAAAAAAACCCUGAAAUUUUCCCCAACUUUGAGAUAGAUAAGAGGUAGAGUGUGAG